CCACGAUCAACCCGUCCGCGCAAGGCAGCACACCGACAGCUCACUUCUUCAUAACGCGCUUCACAGAGACCUAGCCGAUGGAACGCAGAAACACAGUAGGAAGGGGGAUGGCAAAUGGGAGGCGAAGACGACGGCAAUGUUGCCUGAUCGGAGCCGCUUUUUUUGCUGCCGGCAGCGGCGGCGGUAACAGCGCCGUCUGCGCGUUUGGGUACGUGGGUGUUCUCUCUCAGCAGCAGUCGUCGAGCCGGUCGCUACGACCUGCGGGGGGCGGAAGGGGAGGAAUCAGGCGGCCCAGGGUGCCAUCUUCACCGGCACAAGAGAAAGCUCUCUUCGCGACGGCACGACGAAGAAAUGCCUUCGUCGUGGAAGGAGGCGGGGCAAACCCAGUCACAUCGUCGUCGACUGCGGACUGGAGAGACUUGACCAAGGAGGAGGAGACGGCGCUGUGCGAGCUGAUAGUCGAAAACAGACGAAUCCAGGACCUCCAGGUCGAGCUGGAACGGAAGGAGUCGAGACCGGUUACCGUACAGGAGUGGGCGGUCGCUGCGGGGCACCCGAGCGCUCACCAGCUCAUGGCCGCGUUACAGGAGGGCAGGAAGGCCCAGCGGACCCUGGCGCUCUGCCACCAGGGCCUGGUGCGGAGCGUCGCCUACAGAUAUAAGCAGGUGUCUCGGAACCUGUCCCUGGACGACCUCACCCAGGAGGGCAACGUAGGCCUCCUCCAGGCCGUCGAGAAGUUCGACCCGACCAAGGGCACCCGCUUCAGCUCGUACGCGGUUUUCCGCAUCAAGGCCUCCGUCCUUCGCGCCAUCGCCGACAAGGACCGCCUCGUCCGCGUCCCCGUGCACGCCCAGGACGCCGCCAUGCGCAUCCUGGCGGCCUCGCACGCCCUCCAGCUCGAGUCCGGCGGGGACGUGCCCACCGACGCCCAGCUGGCCGUCGCCCUGGGCAUGCCCGAGGCCAGCGUUGCCCUCUACCGGAAGUCUCUGCUGCCCCAGAACAUCGCGGACUUGGAUAACUCCGCGCUGUCCGGCUCUCCGCAGGGGAGAGCUGCCGGAGGCGGUAGCCGGGGAGGGAGGGUGGGCGGGGAGCAGUGGCCGUGGGAAGCGUCUCAGCUCGCCCAGGCGUACGUGGUCCGGCGGGACAUGAUGAGGGCCAUGCAGGCCUGCCUGUCUCCGACGGAGGAGAGGGCGCUGCGGCUGAGGUUUGGGCUGGGAGGGGCGGAGAAAGAGGGGGCCGCGGGGGGCGGCGGGGGCGCGCUGACCUUCAAGGAGAUUGGGAGGACGAUGGAGCUGAGCGCCGAGGGCAUCCGGAAGAUGGUGUUCCGGUCGAUCGCGAAGCUGCAGGCCUCGGACGAGGCCAACGGCCUGCUGCUUGCCUACGCCGACCUGAUUUGAGUCCUUCGUUCGUUCCAUUUGUUCGGUGUCGAGAGAGGGAUGGAGAGAGAGAGAGAGAGACAGAGAGAGAAAGAGAAAGAGAAAGAGGAAGAGAGGGCCGAGAGACAGCGCGGUGUCUUGCGCGACUCGCCCGUGUCGACAAUUUUGCGUUAUUUUGUGUCCAUUGCGUUGUGGCUGAGCCUGUACCCUUGAUUGUAAGCAAGGCACCUGGACGGUGGUAUGUAUGUGUGUGCGUACGUCAUAUGGUGUGUUCACCGGGUGAUCCUCUUGAUUGUACACAUAUCCCCGCUCGGUGGUGAGUUUGUGAUGCUCACGUGUCGCGUGCAGCGCACCACUUGAUUUUGUACGUUUUGUGGUUUGAAGGUGCGUUUAUGUGGCCGGGGGGCAGAGCAUGACCGCACGGAGCUUGGUGGGGAAAGGUUGGCAGCAAUGGUGGGAAAUGUUUUUUCCUUCCCGCCGCUCCUCGGUGGGAAGAGAGAAAUAUGCAAAAAGAUGGAUGAGGUCUGCAUAAUUCAAAACAUGAUGAACGUUGUCGAUGUUGUC